AAUGAAUCUGUGCGGACGAAGAAGAGCUCGUAGCUCGUUCUGAAGCUACCGCCUUUCCGCGAGCGUCUGGUGAAAACCGAAAACCGUGAAAAAUAUCCGUCGAAGGCAGCUACACCAGCACGUCUCCAGUCCCUGAAUUCUGGUUCUGCAUCCAAGUCCAGGAUAUUGGCGAAUUUAAAGAAGCUUAAUAGCAAACAAACCGAACUCGUUCGAGCGUUUGAGACGUACGAAGAAAGAAAAGGCUAUACCGGUGGGAUCGAGUCAUGUCUCGCAGAAGAAGCCGCAGCUCAUCGCCGGGCCGUUUCUCCCGCACCUGCAGCAGCAAUGAUCCCCGAGAUUUGGAGAGAAGGAUUUUCGUUGGAAAUUUGCCAACAUCCGACAUGCAGUCCAAGGAUUUGGAAGACAUGUUCACCCCGUACGGGAAGGUUCUCGGCGUGUCCCUGUUUCGUGGGUUUGGAUUUGUACAAUUUGAACGUAUUGAGGAAGCCGAAGCUGCAAAGGCGGCCCAAAAGGGCCGAAUUUAUAAAGGUUAUAAAAUAGAUGUAAAUAUGGCAGUGGAGCGACGGCAACCUAAACCUCAAUCCCAGCAGAGCCCUCCACGCAGGCCCCCGUACAGCGGCUACGGGGACAAAGACCCUCGGCCGCGGUCCCGCUCCCCGGUCUACGGACGCGACGGUCGUGACGGACGCGAACCCCGUGACAGCCGUGAUGGGAGGGACUCGCUCAGGGAGCCGCGGCCCGGCGGCCACUCCCGCGACCACGACUACCGCUACCGCAGCAGCGAGGGCAGAGAUAAAGACCCCCGAGAGCCCGCCUACAGAGGGGAAUACGACCGGUACUACCGCAGCAGCAGCGGCGCGGACGACCACUACCGCAGGAAGGACGAGUCCUUCAGAGAUCCUUACGGAGACCCUUGGAACGGACGCCGGGAGCCAGACGGCGAUCGCGCUCGCCCCGAAGAGCGUCGCCGUAAUGAGCUUUAUCGUCAGUAUUACGAGGAACUCCAGCGACGCCACGACACCGACCGUCCCGUCGACUGCUCCGUGAUCGUCGUCAACAAGGCACAAAAUAGGGAGUAUGCCGAGACGGUCGGGCGGAAGGUCCGCGAUUUGGGAAUGGUGGUGGAUCUGAUCUUCCUCAACACGGAGGUGUCUCUGACCCAGGCGCUGGAGGACGUGGGCCGAGCUCGCACGCCCUUCGCCAUCAUCAUCACCCAGCAGCACCAGGUGCACCGGUCCUGCACCGUCAACAUCCUGUUCGGCACGCCUCAAGAGCAUCGAAACAUGCCGAUGCAGGACGCCAUGAUGCUGGUGGCGCACAACUACGACGCCUACAAAGUGGAAAACCGCGAGAAAGAGCGGGAGGAAAUCGCCAGGAAAGCGGCCAAGAUGGCCGACGACGUGUUGCUGAGGGAGCCCGACAGAGAGAGCCACCCGGUGUCGGUGCUCACCGCCGUCACGCUGCUGUCUGAAAACAGAUUCCUGACUCCAGAGGAGCUCGACGGUCUCAUCGCGUACCUGAAGGACAAACGAGCUCGACUGGCUCGAAGCGCGGGGGAUUCCCUCUCAGCGCCGGUUCACGUGGGAGCGCCCGCCGCCAUCCGUCACGACGUGGCGCCCUCAGCAGCAGGACUCCCCACGUCCUUGUCCUCUCACACGGUGUCGCAGUCCAGUCACCUGGGCCUGGCCGCCGGUUCCAGCGCCUCGGUGAACCCCAGCCAUCAGCAGGAGCUGCAGGCCAAAAUCCUCAGUUUGUUCAACAACGGCGCCGGCUCGCUGGCGGGCGCCGGAGGAGCGGCACCCGCCGCCACGCCGCCUCUCUCCUACAGCGCCCUGGGUGCGGCGACCGCCCCGAACCCGGCCCGCCCGGCCAUGACCGGCCCCCCCGCGGCCGCGGCUCAGGGUUACGGCUCGCCGCCGGGCCGCCUGCCGGCCCAGCCGGCCGUGCAGCGGGCCGCGCCGCCGUCCUCCGGCAUCAACUUCGACAACCCCAGCGUGCAGAAAGCUCUGGACACACUCAUUCAGAGCGGACCGUCCCUCAACCACCUGGUGAACGCCGCCGCGCCGCCGCAGCAGCAGGCACAGCAGCAGCCACAGCAACAGCAGCAGCCGCCGCCCCCGAGGCCGGCGGCCCCCCCCAUGGCCAUGUACCCCCGACACUACUGACAGCCACUCAGGACUGCCCGCUGCCCGCCAGCAGCAUUCACCAGCGUCGCAUCGGUAGACUGUAGAGACGUUUUGUAAAACCUUUUAAUAAGUUUCAUCUCCUCGAUGUUUUAAAUUGUUUUCAGUUGAACUGCAGAUUAAAUUUCAGUCGUUGAACUCGUUCUCCAACCAUCUGUUCUCUUUUUAUAUCUUUUUUUUUUUUUUUUUUUGUUGAAAUUUUGUAAAAUAGUUUCCAUUGUGAAAAUGAAACAUUAAAAACUCCAGACACGAUUGCUGUAAUAAAAUGGUAUUGGUUUAUUGCAUUUUGUGCUGACAAAUCUAUAAAAUGGAACGGGUAUCGCCAGAAGCCAUCGAGAUAAGCAUUUGAAAUGUAAGAUAAAACUACUUUUUUCCUCUUUUUAAUGUACCAUGAAUCACAAUAGAGAAUAAUACAUGUCUUUUUUUCAGUUUUGGAAUAUUUAACUUACACUGACACAAAAAAUAAACACCUCCACACUAACUGUUAUUUGAAUUUAUUUACACGUAGCCCCCCUCCCACCCGCGCCCAUAACCACCCCC